GGUGGCUGAAAUUUAUUCGAACACGUCGGAAACUCUUAAACAGCUGGAAAGUCACACAUUCAUCGUAAGUCCGGAACAGUCCCUCAAAUUUUUCCUUGCUCUCAUCUUCUUCAAACACAGACUGGUGGACAUUGCAGGCAAACAACGAGUUGGGGAGAUCAUUGAAGUCGGUGAUUGCUUGAAAGGCCUCUUCCGCAAAGCACUGAGUGACGGCCCAGUCUCUGUCUAUGCAGCAGAGGAAGAAAAGUCCCCCAUCUUCAGGGAUGGAUGCCUGCUGCCCCAGGCUCCUCAUGCCGAUGAAGUAGGAUUCUCCCCUCAUCCCUGCAGGGCGUCUUCGAUGCGCCGCGGAGGCGGCGGCGACAGUGGCGGCGGCUCGGGGGUCCUCGGGGCGGAAGGCUGCGGGCGCGGCUCUGCCUGCUCACCUGACGGCGGGGCGAGCGCGGUGCCCGCGGACCUGGGCGUGGGGCGGUGCGCACUGCGCGCCGCCUCCCGCUCUCCGGGUCGCGGGGUCACCCGAGCUGUGCCUCCUGCCGGUGCUCCCGCAACCACCGCCGCCGUCACCCGGGACAAAGCGGCUCCGGGGAGGGGCCGAGCCGGCGGCUCUCGCCCUAGCCAGUGGAGAUGGGCGCGCCCCCAGCUCCGACUCAUCGGGCCAACCUCCAAUCAGACCCCAGGGAAGCCAAAGCCCCUGCCUGGCCUCCUCUGGUCGCCUCCCUCCUGACCAGGCGCCCUUCUGGGUCCCCCACCCACCUCCACCUCCUGGGCUCCCACUCUGAGCUCAGCUGCACACCCCUCCUCUGCGAUCGCGGGGCGCGCUCGACCCUUUGCAAGAAUCUGACACAGAAGCCUGUCCCCAAAGGCACUGCCUUUCCAAGAAGAGACUACCGGGUCACUGCCCGGGUGAGAGUCUUUUUUGAGGGUUAAGUGGGGGAGGGUCGCCCCUGGAGCUAAGCAUCUGCAUACAAGAACACCAAAAAUAAACGGGCAGCGAAGAAACUGUGGUGGGCAGGACUGAGAGAUUGUUUUCUUACAGGUCGACCUCUGGCUAGCUAACUGGGGAACUGUCUGGAAGCCACUCUUGAGUGCUGAAGAGCUUCUGUGCUGGGUGGGUGCUGGCGCCCUCUGGCUGGGGCUCUGAGUGCGCCCUGCCCGCGUCUUUGCAAGUGCCCUGUGCGGGCUUCACGGCUUUGCCAAAGCAGGACUCAGAGCCAUCAGACCUGGGGACCGCAGAACUUGGGCUUUCCGGGACUCCUCCUACUGUGUGAGAGCCUGGAACACUAGGAAAUGGGAGGCUGGUAUUCCAAAGGAUAAGGAUGGCUGGAAGUGAAACGGGAUCGGGAAGAUUUACUUCCCAUCAAAAUGAACCACUUGAAGAUUCUGCAAAAGGAAGCAACUCAAGGACAAGGAAGCCUGUGACCAGUGGUGGCACAGAUGAGGACAGGACUGAAUCUCACGGCAGGAAAACAUCAAUCACAAAACGAUUAGAGUGAAGACCAUAGAAACUGAAGACGGAUGGUGCAGACCAGCCUGAGUGAGGAGAGAAUCACAGAUAGAAAUGAAUCCUGUUUCUUGUAGCCUUUCUCAUUGUCAUAUACUUGGGCCCUUUCUUGUGUCUAGAAUCCACUUCAUCGGUGCUUAAUAACAGUAUCAAAACUGCAUUGAAGUAAUACCACAAAACAGUCUUGUGUGUGUGUAUGUGUGUGUGUGUGUCUGCCUGUCUCUGUCUCUAUGUGUAUGUAUGUGCUUGUGUGUAUGUGUGUGUGAUGAUAUGGCUCUUUUCUUUGCUUAGUCUGCAUUAACAUAAACACAGCAUUAAAUAAACAUUUCAGAGUUGAAAAUG